CCAGCAUCUGACGGUCUCACCGGCGCUCCCUGACUAACACCAGCGUAUCGGGAGCUACAUAACGCGACGCAUUGCACGCCUUAGACUCACUUUCCCCUAUCCCGUCCUUGACUGAUGUCUAGUCUGCGAGUCAUGCAACUUGCUACCAUCUUGGUUCAUGUUGCGAUUGGGGUGUGUGUCGGAUAUGCUUUAGAGGCGCAGAAGCCUUUGUCUCGUAUGGGCGCUGGAAUUCCACAAUCGACAUACGCAGACCUCACGCGAUUUGCCAAGUACUCCUCUGCGGCUUAUCAGGCGCUAUGCCCGCGACCAUUGGGCAAUACACUCGUAGAAGAAUUUAGAAAUGUCUUGACGAGCACGGCCGGAUACGUCGCGCGUGAUGAUCAAAGACGGGAGAUUGUUGUCGCGUUUCGAGGAAGCCAGCAGCUCGAGGACUUUCUCAUCGACGGCGGUCUUGUCCAAGUCCUAUAUCAGUCGCCCGGCGUGCAGCCGAACACAACUGACGUUGUAAUGGCCCAUGCAGGCUUUCUUCUGGCAUACAACUCUGUUUACAGCACCGUGUUGGACGCGAUCGGGACUCAGCUCAAGCAGCACAAGAACUAUUCUAUCGUUUCUACUGGACAUUCAUUAGGUGGAGCCCUCGCAUCUCUUGGGGGUCUUUCGAUCAAGUCGAAUUUCCCGAUGGCGAAUGUUCGGCUGUACACUUUCGGCCAACCGAGGACCGGCAAUGCGGCAUACGCAGAUUUGGUACAGCAAGUUGUAGGGAGCGAGAACAUCUACAGAGCUGUUCACACUUAUGACGGCGUGCCUACGAUGGUCCCCGAGGAAUUAGAUUACCGUCACCACGAGCGAGAAUUCUGGCAGUUCGAAGAACCCCCGGAGCCAGCGACCGUCAUCCAGUGCGAAGGACAAGAAGACCCGACGUGCAGCGACUCGAUACCGACAACCGGCAUCAACGUUGCGCAUCCCUUCUACUUUGGCCAAAUCAUGUCGCUGGAUGCUACGUUGUGUCUCUAAUGUAUCUCUUCCUAAUUUGUGUUUCUUUAAUUUCUCGCCUUGCAGUUUCUCGCAUCGAUUGCAUCGCACACUAUCCACUAGCAUCUGCCAAUCCAAGGGCUGUUAUCACAAGGUUGCCAUUC